CGGAACUCGACUACUUUUAUCAAGUGUGUCCCAGGGAGCCGGUCUGCUCCCACGUGUGACUGCAGCGUGCGCGCUUGAGCGUGCUUGCUCGCCCCCUGCCCGCUUUGAGCCUGCUCUUCAUCUCGAACGAGGUACUGAACCAAUAGGCGGCCCGGGGGCUCCCCGCAGCGAUGACCAAGCGCCGAUCCCGGCCGGCGCCCCGGGGCCCGGGCACUAAGCCGGGCCGGCCGGCCCCCCGGGGAGGUCUCUCGGGGGCGCUGUCCGGACUCCAGGACGGCGCGGCCGCGCAGCCUCGCCGCGAGGCCGAGCUAAGAAAGCAGCGGCAGGAGGAGCUGCGCGAGAAGCAGCGCGCCGCCCGCGAGAGGCAGAAGGGUCUGCGGCGCAGCCUGGAGGGCCUCCAGCGGGAGGCGCUGCUGCGGCAGCGCGAGCACGAGCAGCGCGAACGCGACCUGCGGGCCCUGGAGCAGCAGCGACACCCGCAGCUGGAGCGUGAGGCAUCCAGGAAGGCCUAUUACCGCGAAUUCCGCAAGGUGGUGGACGCGGCCGACGUGGUCCUGGAGGUGCUGGACGCCCGCGACCCGCAGAGCUGCCGCUGCCCGCAGGUGGAGCAGGCCGUGCUGCAGGCCGGCGGCAGCAAGAAGCUGGUGCUGGUGCUCAACAAGAUCGACCUGGUGCCCAAGGAGCUGGUGCAGAAGUGGCUGGCCUACCUGCGCAACGAGUUCCCUACGGUGGCCUUCAAGGCGUCCACGCAGCAGCAGAACCGCCACCUGCAGCAGAGCAAGGUGUCGGCGCGGCAGGCCUCGGCCGAGCUGCUGGGCACCGGGGCCUGCGUCGGUGCCGACUGCCUCAUGAAGGUCCUGGGCAACUACUGCCGCAGCCACGACCUGCGCACCGCCAUCCGCGUGGGCGUCGUGGGCUUCCCCAACGUGGGCAAGAGCAGCCUCAUCAACAGCCUGAAGAGGGCGCGGGCCUGCAGCGUGGGCGCCACGCCGGGCGUCACCAAGUGCCUGCAGGAGGUCCACCUGGACAAGCACGUUACGCUGCUGGACUCCCCGGGCAUCGUGCUGGCCGCCCCCUCCUCGGACACCGCCCUCAUCCUUCGCAACUGCCUCCGGAUUGAGCAGCUGGCCGACCCUGUGGCCCCCGUGGAGGCCAUCCUGCGCCGCUGCAGCCCCGAGCAGCUCUCCCAGCACUACGGCAUCCCCGCCUUUAGGACCACCACGGAGUUCCUGGUGCUCCUGGCCCGAAGGCUGGGGAGACUGAAGAAGGGAGGAGCCCCUGACCAGGAGAAAGCGGCCAAGGCGGUGCUGACCGACUGGAUGAAUGGGAAGAUUAGCUACUUCACCCACCCGCCUGAGACGCACACGCUGCCCACGCACAUCAGCGCCGAAAUCGUUUCUGAGAUGGGCAAAGCCUUCGACUUUGAGGCCCUGGAGCAGGGCAACAUGGAAGCCUUGGCCAGCAUGCCGCAGGGGCCACUCAGCGUUGGCCAAAAGCCUUUUAGCCUCACCAGUGAGACAGAAGAAGAGAUGCUGGAGGAGGAGGAGGAGGAGGAGUUCUGGGAUGCUAGAGAAGACCUGGAGGAUUUCAUGGAUGAGGACAAAGAUCCUGAGUUUGGUGACAUCACCGUGGAACUGAAAGGCAGCAAGAGCAAGAAGGCAGCAGAGGCUGAGCAGAAGCUACCCCAAGCCCCUAAACUGGAAGAAAUCUGGGCCCUCGAUCCCCUCCAUCAGGGACAGGGCCUGGCUGCAGCCUGCAAGAGGAGAAAAAAGCUGCAGAAGAGGGCAAAUAAACUUGCAACAAAGCUGUCUGACAGCCUAGUAGCUGCUUUGGACUUAACUGUUACAGAUGCAUGAACAGUCUGUCCCACCUGGCCCUACUGGAUAUGGACAAAAUUGAGAAACUAAUUUGGACUGAAAACAGCAACACACGACACCCUACACGUUGUAAGCAUGAGUGGCUUGCUCAGCCAGGGUGCAUGGGACAGGCACUGGCCCCUGGCCAUAGCUCACCCCAGAAGGGUGGACUUCGAAGGGCAGACCUAGGCCCUUUAAACACCACUUUAAAAAAAAAAUCAGAGCCAGAGUUCAGGCAAGGUCCUGAUUGGUGGCAGUGUGUGAGGGGGAUUCAUGUUGGCUUGGGGAUAUGGGUUCUGGUCCAGGCCUCUGGAAAAGAGCUAGUAAGUGGGCAUAGGGGAGUAAAUGGAGAGUUAAUUACUCAGGGAAGUAGAGGGAAUGUUCUUAAGGGCAGCUGCAAAGUGAAAUGAGGUGUGUAGAUCUCAUUAAAUAAUUGGAUUUCAUCAGA